AUGUCUUUGAAUCAAGUGCAAAUCAAGCAGGAAAUCACCCUCCCACCUGGCCUCAGCAAAACCAUUUCAAAGCAAAGCCAAGAGCCUGUGCCGUGCACUGAGCAGGUCCCGUGUCCGCAGCAACAACCUGAAGCCCAAGUCCCAACACCUUGCCCAGAACCAGUCCCAGUAGAAGUGGUACCAUGCCCGGAAAAACCAGUGGUGGUGGAACCAGCCAAGGAAGAAACACCAGUGGUCGUAGUACCCCAGUGUCCACCCCAGGAGCAGCAGCAGCAACAGCAAUGCAAGCUACCUCCUGUGUCAUGUCCUGAGCCUGUUCCGUGCCCUGAGGAGAAAUCAACAUGCAAAGAGCUGCCUGUGCCAGCCCCUGUUUCCUGCUCUGAUCCAACUCCAUGUGUGCUGGAGCAGCAGGAGUGCCAGGAGACCCCUGUGCCGGUUCCCGUUACCUGCUCAGAGCCUGCAGCAUGUGCCCAGGAGAAGCAGCAGUGCAAGGAGAUCCCCGUGCCCAUCCCUGUUCAGUGCCCCGAACCUGCACCGUGCGCCCAGGAGCAGCAGGAGUGCAAGGAGAUCCCCGUGCCCACCCCGUGCCCUCCAGAGAAGCAGGAAAUCAAGGAGAUCCCCGUGCCAAUCCCUGUGCAGUGCCCUGAACCCACGCCAUGUGCCCAAGAGAAGCAGCAGUGCAAGGAGAUCCCCGUGCCCACCCCGUGCCCUCCAGAGAAGCAGGAGAGCAAGGAGACCCCCGUGCCAAUCCCCGUGCAGUGCCCCGAGCCAGGGCAGUGCCCCCUUCCCGAGAAUUGCCCUCCCGUCGAGCAGCAGCAGGUGAAGCAGCCCAACCAGUGGCCCCCCAUGCAGAAGUAA